AUGGAUCGGUACGCCCAGACGGAACGGCGUAAAAGUGGAACUCGCUUCCAUUUAGAUCAGGAAGUUUUAACCGCAUUUUACAUUUUAUUUUUCAUCACUGAAAUUACAUCCAUCAGUAAAAUUUCCUCAAUCAAUCCAGCUGCCUGCAGUUUAAUUUACAGGGAUUCACGGAUUCACGGAAUUUCACGGAUUGAUACACAGGAUCGAGGCUUUCGCCCAAGUUUCUCGGGUCGGUUUUGUUCUUGUCGGUCAGUGGCUGUCGUACACCUGAAAGGCACAGGUGAAAAAAGGGCGUAG